UUUCGACCGUUUGGGUUUUGCAUCUCAGACUAACAAUCGCUCAUUUGGUGGCGCCAAAUUCAAAUUAAUUCGUCUCUUUGGUUACCUUUAACUACAAACAAAUCCUCCUGUCUUAAUUCUUCACAAUGGUCAGAAUAAAACAACGUUAUUGCAAUGAAAGUUGGGAAAUGCGCAACAACUCCUCAAACGUGGAGGCACUUUUAUACCCUGACAGAAGGCAUUCGAGUAAACGUAACUGUUACUGCAACGAGCGUAACAUCUCACCCCAAUUAUUCACAAGACCUCGAGAGUGCCUUUAUGAGGACGAUUUGAACGAAACGACUUACAAAAUCCCCGAAUUUAUUCGAAAAAAAAGUGCGAAAAAACCGAUUUUUGAGAGACCCGGGGAAGUACCAAAACCCCAGCACGUUAUCACAAAAUACAAGUCGUCAUAUUUCGAUAAUGCGAGUAGUGGAACGUCGCCCACGACGCACGAAACGGGAAAAACCUACCGAAAGUCGGAAAAAUUCGAUUUUCAAACAUUUUCGCACAACUAUAAACCUAGUUUAGGAGAUACUGAGGAGGCUUCGCCCCAAACUUCCGAAACGUUUCCACCAGUUGUGCCAACCGACUUAAAAAAUUUGGCCGAUUUUCGGAAAGAUCACUACUUUGAGACACACUCGACUGAAGAUUUAAUCAAAGAGAUUCCACCACAUGAGUGCGUCCAUAAGUUCAGUUUAGAUGAGCGAAAACUACCUUUUCCACUAAAUCCGGACGCUUAUGGGUCCAGUCGAUGCAUUAUUUGUGAUAAACCGAUGGAAAAGCCGCUUCUUAAUAAAAUCGACGAGCGGGAAAAACCAAAAAAAGCAGUUUUUCCCAAAUUUUAUAAAUAUGGUUUGGCGCCUAAAAGAAUUUAUUUGGGAGGUAGUGACCGGAUUGAUGUGGUUUUAGACGAGGGCGAGGAGUGUGUGGGCAAGUGGGAAACCCCUAAUUAUUAUAAUACGUACGCUUUGAGGUAUCAGAAAGGUGUUAAGUCGUAAACGUGUUUUUUACCCAACUUUAUGUAAUGACUAACAAUGUGCACAUUUUUAUUUUGUAACAAAAAAAUAAAAAGUUUGAAGAAACA